AUGGAGCUUUGCAGGCUCUGUAUUGACCUCUGCACGAACCCAAAGCAUUCGAAAUGGAUCUGCCCAUUACUUCUGCUAGCAGAAAGUGUUCUAUGUUCCCUUAUUGUUUGGAAAAUACCGUACACGGAGAUCGACUGGUCCACUUAUAUGCAACAAGUUUCGAUAUUUCUCUCCGGUGAACGUGACUAUACGCUUAUCAAAGGUUCUACGGGACCCCUCGUCUACCCUGCGGGACAUGUCUACGCGUUCUCCCUUCUAUAUUCCGUGACAGAUGAAGGACGGGACAUCGCGUUUGGCCAAAUUAUAUUCGCCGGGCUAUAUAUUGUUGCGCUGGCUCUUGUCAUGGCAACAUACUGGUCGGCCGGUGCUCCGCCGUACAUAUAUCCACUUCUUGUGUUGUCAAAGCGCCUGCAUAGUAUCUUUAUGCUCAGGAUGUUUAAUGACGGGAUUGCGACGCUGCUCCUUUGGGCGACAAUAUACAUGCUCCAGAAGCGUCGAUGGUCCACUGCCGUUAUUCUAUGGUCAGCAGGAGUCAGUGUUAAAAUGACUCUCCUCCUAGUUGCUCCUGCGCUUGCGGUAAUUCUUACUUUAGCCGUCGGGUUUCCCAGUGCAUUAGGCUUAGGGAUACUAUCUUUGCUUGUACAGCUUCUCAUUGCGAUUCCUUUUUUGCAGAAGAGCCCUGUCGGAUACUUUUCAAGAGCCUUUGAGUUCACAAGGCAGUUUCUUUUCAAAUGGACCGUCAACUGGCGAUUUGUUGGCGAGGAAAUAUUCCUUUCUAGGUCAUUUUCAUUGACGCUAUUGGUUGUGCAUCUAUCUCUUUUAGCUCUUUUUCUUGGAUUCUCCUGGUUACACCCAUCACGGAAGUCUUUGACACAGAUUGCCAGAGAUAUACUGCAAGGGAAAAAUACACGAUACACCCUCACAACCAACUUCAUUACCAAAACUAUGUUGACUUCGCUGGUUAUAGGUUUCCUGUGCGCAAGAAGCCUGCACUACCAGUUCUUUUCGUACCUGGCAUGGGCUUCGCCAUUGUUGCUCUGGGAAUCAGGCCUUCGACCACUUUAUAUUUUCGCGUUAUGUCUAAUACAGGAAUAUGCUUGGAACGUAUAUCCAGGCACAUCCUUGAGUUCAAUGGCGGUUGUGAUGGCCCUUGCAUCUCAAGUCUUGGCUCCCGCUUUAAACUAA